AUGGCCCGCAAAGCCCCUCUGCACCUCGAACACAUUCGCGCUCAUGUAGGGAAUGUACACGGGGACACGGCAGAUGCGAUGGCGAAACAUGGGGCCACUCUUCCCGAAGUAGAUGACGAUAGCCUACCGGACCCACCACCACCGCCGAUCCUAGCAGGGUCAGCAGGUCUUGCAGAGGUCCCAUUGCCGAUGGCGAAAGUGACUACAAACCUGCCUGACCCAGCAGACAAGGAAGAGGCGGGGACGAGUCGACAACAGAAGCCUGCUGCCAUGGUGUCGGACGACCCUGAUGCACACCGGGGGCGCGCUAUGAAGCGGGCAGUGCAACGCGCACAUCUGACUGAACUGGUAGAGGCAUCACGGAACCCAGGGCCUUUCUGGCGAAAGUAUCGCCAGCUCGCAGAUGCCAAGCCUACUAUCCCAGAUGUACCGCUGGAGGAUCUUGCAACCGAGUUUGAAUCUCGCAUGAACCCUCCGCAGGAGCCACCGCCCCAAUUCUCGAGUGAUCUGCGGGAAGCGAAUCGCAUCCUGGCGAGCUUGAUGCCAGAAGUCACGGAGGAUAUGUCCGAUGAGCAAGCUUUUAGCUCUCCGAUAACUGUCGUGAGAUCGAAUGGGCCGAAGGAUCACAUCAAGCAGCAUAACCUUAAAAGUGCAAAGG